AUGGUGGGAUUAAAGGGACUCGCGGCCCAGUUGUUUGCGAAGCAGAGUCUGGCCGAAGAGUUCGAUCCAGAAACCGAAGAUCCCGUCGACGACGACAGCGACAACCGGAACGGCGACGCCGGCAGUGACAGCGAAGUUAGCGCGCCGGAAGAUACACAGGACACGGAGCACUAUGUUCAGGUCGGCAAAAGCAAGUUGCGCCGGAACGAGCCCGUCGCAUUAGGGCCGGCCUACCGAGGCGUGCGCGUCAGCCGGAAACAGCUGGAGCAGGAUGAGAAGGACGACGAGGACGAGGGCGACGAGGAUGACGAAGAUCAAAGUGAAGACGAGGACGAGGAGUUUGACGACCCCGACGCGGUCGAUGUUGCGGGCGCCGAGGAGGUCCACACCGACGACGAGAUCGACAGCGACGAAGCCUUUGGCGAGGACGAUGAAGACAUUAUAAAGAAGUUUACAUUCCGGGGGAGUGGCAAGCCCAAGACGCCCAAGGGCAAGCCAGUCUAUUCUGACGAGGAGGACGAGGAGGGUGAGGAAGAAGAGGACGAAGACGAAGACGACGAGGAAGAGGAUGCGGAUGACAGCGAAGGCGACGAGGUCGAAGACAUGGCUUCCAGUGGUGACGAUGACGAUGACGACGACGACGACGAUGGAGAUGAGGAGGAGGAAGAGGAUAACGACGACGAGCUCGACGCUUCUGCAACAAAGGCCGAGGAGGAAGCACGGAAAAUCCUUGCAGAACAACGCCGUCAAGUGCUCUCCUCCAUAUCGGCGUCGGCCAAGGCAGAUGCCGACAAAGGUUUUGCAGUCCGCCAGCAACGGCGCACAUUUGACGCUCUCCUUAACAUGCGCAUUCGCAUUCAAAAGGCUCUGUCGACGGCCAACACACUGCACACUGUGGCCCAGGAGGACGCAGCCAGCACAGCCGCCGCCGACAGCGCCGUGGAGGAGGCGGCCGCCAAGGCCAUUGAGCUGCUGAGCUCGAUCCACGACAUCCGUGCGUCCCUUUGUGAUGCCGACGGCUCAAGUACGAACACCAAGCGGAAACGGCGCAGCGCCAUCAGCACCGACAGCUCGUGCCGGGCCAUCUUUGACGAGAUGACGGUUACCGAGGAAGCCGCUGCGGCCAAGCGCCGCAAGGUGAUUGACCGCUGGGCCGCGCGUAUCCAACGUCCCUCGGCGGCAUCGGCCGCCGCCGCCGCCCGCCGGUUUACCGCUGGGGCCGCGCCGCAGCCCCUGUCGACGGUUCUGGACGGCCAGCUGGUCGCGGCCGAGCGGUUGGUGAAGCGCACGCGCACACCGCGGUCGUGCGCGCCCGUCCAGGCCGCCAAGAAGGUCGAGGAGGACCCGGAGAUUUUCGACGACGCCGACUUUUACCAGCUGCUCCUCAAGGAGCUCGUCGACCAGCGGACCGUCGACGGCACGGCGCCUGGUAGCGUGGCGCCCACGGUACGGUGGGCCACCACGGCGGCCAAGGACGCCAAGACGCGCAAGCAGGUGGACCGCAAGGCCAGCAAGGGCCGCAAGAUGCGCUACAAUGUCCACGCCAAACUGCAGAACUUUACGGCGCCUGAGGACCGGCGCGACUGGGAGCCCGAGGCAAUUGACCGCUUCUUCAGCUCGCUGUUUGGCCAGCGGAUGGCGCUGGCGGAGGACGAUGGUGCCGACGAUGAUGACGACGAGGAGGAUAUGGAGAUGGGUGGUGCCAGUGUGGGCGAGGGUCUGCGGCUGUUUUAG